AUGUCACUCCCUAUUCAUCUCGUCUAUCCUUCCCAGCGUCUCUCGGCCGCUCCUCCUUAUUCAAAAUUACAUUAGGAGCACUAUAUAAUUUAUUGGAAUAUUCCCCAGACGCAUGCAUUGAUGGCUUAAAUUGAUUCACGCUGGUUGUCCUCUCCGGCUGAACAGUAUGCCGCGACAACGUCAUGCUCCUUCCGCAGACUCCAGCCCGCCAAAGGCGUCGAUACUCCAUUCAGCCAUUCUAUCUCUCUCUCCUGAUCUUCACACUUCUCGCAAUUGCCAGUCUUGCGUUUGAGAGGUUGGAAAAUUGGCCUUAUAUCGCUGCUACACCGAAACUCCUGCGACGUAGCCUCCCAGAUUCGUCGCCUCUGCUCGAAAAAAGUGUAGUAGGACAGUGCCAUCUUGUUCGCAAUGCGAAAGACCAGUGUUCCUUCGUUCGUAUCAACUGCCCUGACCAUGACGACGGGCUGUUCUCAUACCUUCAGUUCUAUUACUGCACUCUUGCACACGCCAAACCGCUUGCAUUCAUCAUCAUUAUCGCUUGGUUGUCUCUAUUAUUCAGUACGAUUGGGAUUGCGGCCAGUGACUUCCUAUGUAUCAACCUGAGCACUUUGGCCAGUAUCCUAGGGAUGAGUGAGAAUCUGACGGGGGUUACAUUCCUGGCAUUUGGAAAUGGAAGUCCAGAUGUCUUCUCAACAUUGGCCGCCAUGAGGUCGAACAGUGGUAGUUUAGCUAUCGGUGAACUUAUUGGGGCUGCGGGCUUUAUCACCUCUGUUGUCGCGGGUUCCAUGGCUCUGAUCCAACCAUUCAGGGUGGCUCGAAGGAGCUUUGUUCGCGACGUGGGAUAUUUCGUGAUCGCCGUGGCCUUCAGUAUGAUUGUACUAGCAGAUGGUCGACUGAACACUUGGGAAUCUGCAGCAAUGGUUGGUCUGUACUGCUUCUACGUCGUUACCGUCGUCACCUGGCAUUGGUACCGUGUACGCCGGCGCAGAGCGUACGAAAGGAAUGUCGCAGCACGAACUCAUUUUCAUAUCCCAGAAAACCAGGAGCUUGAUAUUGACGAAGUACAAGAAGAUGACGACCCCGAAGUUGCCGAGUCAAGGAGUCUCCUGCACGGCGCGUCUACUGAGGAUUUCAAUGAUUUAGAGCAUCCCGAAGUACCAGUCUGGAAAGACGAAGAGGACGAUGAGACUCGCAAUCGAUAUCUGGCCGAGAUCCGAGAUAACAUGCGUGUUUCGCGCCCUGUUACUUCCAGGAGACGCAACACGUUCAAUCCCAUCAGACCGAGCUUAGUUGGCGCCCUUGAAUUCCAAUCCGUGCUUUCGUCUCUUAUGAAAUCGAGGAACACUCCUCAUCAACACUUCCCAGUUAAUUUCCGCGACUACUCGGAUGAUUUCGAUACUCUGCCUUCCUAUCAGCUGGACAAUCGUUCUGUAGCAUCCCAUCCACAUACCACAAGGCCGUCAACCGAGGGAUUCUUGUCCCCGAAUAGCGCAUGGGCAUCUGCCCGAACCAGAGCUGUUUCUGCAAAUGACGUCGCAGGACUAAAGCUAGACACAGACCUUUUUAAUCGCAACACAACGCAUCCAGCCCAUGAGUCAGUCGGUCGGUCUUCGAGAGAGCCCAUCGAAGGCCUGGAGAGCACACAACUAGAGCCCGCUCAGAUUGGUCAGCGAGUCAGGUCAACAGUGUCGCCGUUAUCAUCUAGAUAUCCAUCGCGAAGCUCAAGCCGUCCGUCAACAAUGCGUGCCCGGACACCGGAGUUACUUGCACCACCUCAUCCAGACACUUUCCGCAUUCCCGACUACCAGCCAGAAACAGCUUUGCCUCGUUCCCCGCUAGGUUUGUCGCCUCAGGCAGUGUCACCGUCUCCUGGAAACCAAGACUCUGAGCCGGAAAGCCCUAUUAUCCCCUUCCCCCCCUUCCAGGAUUCCCCAAGUCCGGUUUCCUCACGGGCGCCAAGUAUCCGCUUACCACCUGCUGCAAGCCCUACGGAGUUACUUCAGAUACAUGACAGAUAUGGCGAAGAGGAUGGCCAGUCGGGGAUUCCAGUGAAAUGGUGGCCUUACAGGGUCCUUCCCCCACCUGAAUCAUUACUCUCGACGCUUUUCCCUUCCUUAUAUGGAUGGACAUCCAAGAGCAUUUGGGAACGGCUCUUGGGUACUAUUGCAGCACCCAGCGUGCUGCUCUUGACGAUUACACUACCAGUCAUCGAACCGCCACCUCCUGACGCUGUCCCAAACCCGAUUACCGUAGUUGUGACUCCAGCCAAUAACGGAGAAGACCCGGCACCUCUCGUGAGACUACCAGAAGACAGUCCUUUUAUUACAGCCUGCGAUGACACAUUGGAAAAUGAACAUCGGGAAGUGGUCCCGAACAAUAAACCGCACCGACACUCUUCUUCGGGAAGAAGUUGCUGGGACUCUGAAGCGCUCGUCGCUCAAGAGUUCUCACCCCCGCCGGCACAACCCCGUGCAAAGGAAUGGAAUCGAUGGCUUCUCUCCAUCCAGCUCUUUGCGGGGCCCUUUUUCAUUUCUGUAAUCGGCUGGACAAGUGUGGAUCCGGACUUGAGACCGCGUAAUCUUCUGCUGCCCUCUCUCUGCUCUUUGCUCUUCUCACUCCUAUGCUUCACGGGUCUCAUAGUGGGUACGCGGCAUGGCCGUCACUCUCAUCUGCCAAGCGAAUGGCGCCCUUUCCUUUCCAUGCUCGGUUUUGUCGUCUCUAUCUGUUGGAUAGCCACCAUAGCCACUGAGGUUGUCAGUCUCCUGAAGACCAUUGGAGUAAUUCUCAAUAUCAGUGACUCCCUCCUUGGACUUACUGUAUUCGCCGUUGGGAAUUCGCUGGGCGACCUUGUAGCGGAUGUAACCGUCGCUCGUCUAGGGUAUCCCGUCAUGGCCCUGAGCGCAUGCUUUGGUGGCCCUAUGUUGAAUAUCCUCCUGGGAAUCGGCAUCGGUGGUCUCUAUAUGACCUGGAACUCGCCGAGACCGGAAAUCAUAGAAGCACCUAGUGCCAGCAGAGGAUCGUACGAAAUCACUGUUUCCAAGGUUCUGGUUAUCAGUGGGGCCACGUUAUUAAUCACCCUCGUCAGUUUACUGGUCGUCAUUCCAUUGAAUAAAUGGAAGAUGGACCGGAAAAUCGGCUGGGGCCUUAUCGCCUUAUGGGGUGUGAGCACCUUGGGUAAUGUUGUCGCUGAGGUUGUCACUUGA